UUAUAGAAAUCUACUUAUUUUUUGAAAAUACAUUUUAUAAAUUUUGACACAUUAACGUUCCCAAGCGGAUCUACAUGCAUUAUUCUAUCAUGAUAACAGCGUUACCUAAAAUUUGACGUAGCGUACGUAAUAUUAAACUUCCUCAUAUAAUAAAAUAUUUUGUACGUCCGUAUAAUCCUAAUACGCCAGGUCCAUAUGUUAAAACCUAUCAACAAUUAACGUUGUAAAAAUUGGAUCAUUUUGUACGCUUGUAAAUAAUAUAAUGAAGUGACAGCAAUCUGAAGUUGGUUGCAGUUUUUUCAUCUUUCUCGGUAUAGGGAAGUAUACGCUGCGUCGAAUUCGAAUUUUAGGUACGCUCUUAUUAACAAUCACUUAACAAAUAUAACAACUCAUUAAAGUAGUCACGCGGUUCAUUUAAUGAAUGUUUUAAGCUGAUUGUGUUUUCCUCAUGUCUCAUUCGUAAACAAAAGAGGCACUGGGGGAUUUUGUUUUCAGUUUAUUUUUUAUCGUGCAUUCCUAUUUGGCAUCUGAUUUCAUUCGUUGGGGACGUCUUUUAUUUUGUUUUCCAACUAUAUAACAUUUCACAUUUCUACGUGAACGAGGAGGUUCAAGAGGUUUCAAUUAAAAUUAAAAAAUUAAAACAUUUAAAUAAUGUUAAGAUUAGGCGGUCUCGUGUUAAGGCCCCUAGUGGCUAUAAAUGCCAGACAAAAUGUAAAUUAUAUGCAAAAUAUUUCAAAAGUAGCCCAACGAAGAUGUCUCUCUCAGCGACCUGACACUUUUGCCGGCCCUGGAGCUUCGAUUGCCGGAAAGGAAGAAAAAGUAACUCCACUUGGAUGGUUUCUUUUGCUUAUUCCAGUGACAACAUUUGGUCUAGGUGUGUGGCAAACCAAACGCAAGGCUUGGAAGGAACAACUCAUUAGGGAUAUUGAGACGUUAACAAAAAUGCCACCAGUUGAUCUGCCAGAUAAUUUAGAUACUCUCAAGGACAUGGAAUAUCGUUCGGUCAAAGUUAAGGGUCGCUUUUUACACGACAUAGAAUUGGUAAUGGGUCCACGUGGCUUCAUACGGCCCGAUGGUGCCGAAACACAAGGCGGUUUAUUUUCUCAGCGUGACACGGGGAAUGGUUACUGGAUUGUAACACCAUUUCAAUUGAGCGAUCGAGAUGACAUUAUUUUAAUUAAUCGCGGUUGGGUGUCAAGAAAAAACCUCAAACCAGAAACACGUACAGCUGGACAAAUUCCCAAUGAAGUGGAAUUAACCUGUGUUGUGCGCAAAGGUGAAAAGAGGCCACAAUUCACUCCAGAUCACAAAGGAGAUGUCUUUUUGUAUAGAGACUUACCCAAAAUGUGUGCUGCCACCGGUGCUCAACCAGUAUUCCUUGAUGCUAGCUAUCAAUCAUCAACACCCGGCGGUCCCAUCGGUGGACAGACACGGGUUGCUUUGCGUAACGAUCAUCUCUCAUAUCUGAUAACCUGGUACAGUUUAUCAUUGGCUACAGCAUUCUUGUGGUAUCGGACAGUCUUGAAACGUAAACCAUUCUAAUAAUGGGCGGGGAUUGAAAAAAAAAAAUAUUUUUG